AUGUCUUUGACCGAACAUUACCUUGGCUACUCUGUAGAUUGGAAUGGCUUAGAUGGUGCAUGGACAUAUAGGUUUCUAAAAGAAACAGAAACUAGGCUUGAAUCAAAAGACUAUGAAACUUUAAAGGUCAAGGGAGCUCCUAUCAGUUCACGUGCUGAAUCAGGAGUAUCAGUUCACGUGCUGACCCAAGUGAUGGUAGUAAUGGCACCUCUGGUCAGUUCACGUGCUGAUUCAAGAGUUGAUUUCGAACGUUCAAAACAUGGAUUGAAGACCUAUUGGGAAAACGUUAUCCAUGAACAGAAAAAA